CCUUGUGGGAGGAGAAUUGCUAGAUUUCCAUAAAUGCCCAUCUUCAUCGUUUUCUUCUUUAUUACAGAACCGCUUUUGUAAUUUUCAGUUCUGUAAGAAAAAGUAUCUAUUUUUCUUGGAAGGAACAGAGAAAUGGUUUCCGACUCGGACCUCGUGACCCAGCUCCGAAAAAUUCUCCGUGGCUCCGACCUAGAAACAACGACUCCGGCUAGCGUCCGCCGUCAGCUGGAGGCGUAUUUCGGCGUCGAAUUAACCGAUAAAAAAGCUUUCGUCAGGGAACAAAUCGAUGCUUUUCUUGAAAGCGAUGCUUUGUUAGAAAGCAAACCCGAGAAUUACAAGGAAGAGGAAGUAGAUGAAGAUGAAGACUGUAAUGGCGAUCAAAAUUAUGAAGAAGGAAGUGAUAGCAAUGACGAGAAGACCGAACGACCGGUAGAGGCUAAGAAACGUCGAGGUGGGUUUAACAAAAUAUGUCAGCUUUCUCCACAACUAGACAAGUUUCUAGGAACUUCUCAAUUGGCUCGAACAGAGGUUGUGAAGAAAAUUUGGGCAUAUAUUCGAGACCACGAUUUACAAGAUCCAAAGAAUAGGCGAAAUAUAUUAUGUGACGAGGCGCUUCAUUCGUUAUUUCGUGUAAAGGCGAUUGAUAUGUUUCAGAUGAACAAGGCAUUGGCUAAGCAUAUCUGGCCACUAAAUGAUGGAGAUGGGAGUGUUAAGGAUGUGAAAGAGGAAGAUGAAGGCGAGGCAUCAGGGGAAAAAGAUGAGAAAGAGGAGCAAAACGAAGAAGCGGUAGAGAAUAAUGAAGAAGAAAGUGGAGAAGAGGAAGGUCCUAGUUUACGAAAACGCAAACGCAAGAAAAGAAAACCAGCCAAGUCCGAGGAGAAACCGAAGAAAAAAGGAGGCGGCUUUACCAAAGUUUGCAGUCUUUCACCAGAACUUCAGGCAUUUACUGGAACCUCUCAGUUAGCUAGAACAGAGGUUGUGAAAAUGCUUUGGAAAUACAUAAAGGAGAACAAUUUGCAAGAUCCAUCUGAUAAACGCACAAUAAUAUGCGACGAAUCAUUACGGUCUUUGUUUCCUGUCGAGUCUAUCAAUAUGUUUCAAAUGAACAAACAAUUAGCCAAGCACAUUUGGCCUCUAGUACAGGAGGAUGAAGCAGCAACAACUAAUGAUCCAGAGAAGGGAAAGCAGAAAAUGGAUAUGAAGAUAGAAGAAGAUAAUGAUGAAGCGAAUGAAGAAAUGGCUACUUCAUCAAUAAUCAAGACUGAACAAUGAUUCUAUGAGAAGCUGAAAGAAGUCUUUGAUGUUGUUUUGUUCAAAGGCGUCUUGGUCUCAAAGCUUCUAUAGAUAACCACCACUUCAUCAAGACCGAACAAUGGGCCAAUUUUGGUAAGUAUUUUCAUAUAGGCGAGCCCAGAUUCAACUGAUGUUAAGUAAGCAUUUGUUCACUCUUGGUAUAUAUAGUGACAAAACUAGACCUAACCAGAGCUAAUUUGGUUUCUUUGACUAAAAGUUCUUAAUCAGACUUUAAAACUAAUGCAAUGAAGAAAAAUUUAUGUGA